CCCCACACUCCAUUAAUAAUAUUAUUGUUUUUUUGGUUUCUUCAAGAAAAUGGAAGGCUUUCUCUUCCUCCUCUCAGUCGUCUUCCUCUUCUCCUCAUCUGCAGCCGCCUGCGACCGAUGUCUUCACCGUUCUAAGGCUGCUUAUUUCUCCUCUGUCUCUGCUCUCUCCUCCGGAGCUUGUGCCUAUGGCUCUAUGGCUACGGGUUUCUUCGCCGGACACAUUGCCGCGGCUCUGCCUUCCAUCUACAAAGACGGCUCCGGCUGCGGAGCUUGCUUCCAGGUCAGAUGUACGAACCCCACGCUUUGCAGCAGCAAAGGAACAACGGUGAUGGUCACAGACCUGAACAAGAGCAACCAAACCGAUCUUAUCCUUAGCAGCAGAGCCUUUAGGGCCAUGGCUAAGCCUGUUGUUGGCUCCGACAGAGGUCUUCUCAAACAAGGCCUUGUCGACAUUGAAUACAGGAGAGUUCCUUGCGAUUACGGGAACAAGAAGAUGAACGUGCGAGUUGAAGAAUCAAGCAUAAAUCCAAACUACUUGGCGAUAAAGCUCUUGUACCAAGGAGGCCAAACCGAAGUGGUAGCCAUCGACAUUGCUCAGGUUGGUUCGUCACAUUGGAGUUACAUGACCAGAAGCCACGGAGCCGUGUGGGUUACUGACAAAGUACCAACCGGAACUCUGCAGUUCAGGUUCGUGGUGACCGCAGGCUACGACGGCAAAAUGGUCUGGUCGCAGAGGGUCCUUCCCGCUAACUGGGAAGCUGGGAAGACCUAUGACGCCGGCGUUCAGAUCACCGACAUUGCUCAGGAAGGUUGUGAUCCAUGCGACGAUCACAUCUGGAACUGACUCACUCCAACUCUCUACUUUCCUUCUAUAUGCGUACGUAACAGACUUGUUUAUUUGAUGAGAGGAAGAAUCAACGGGAAUGCAUAAU